AGUGCCUAUGCAAUUGAAUGAAAGAACAGCGGCAUUUAUUGUAUCCAUAUUCUUUCCCUGACCACCCUGAAGCUCGGCAACCUCUCACCGGAUCUUUCCCAGUACCGCCCAGCGACCGCCCAUAUGACGUCACACCAACUCAGACUCCGCCUCCCCGGCUGGCCGCCGUACAAAUACGGCCGACCGAGCCGACCGACGGCAGAUCACAGCCUGAGAGCAAGCAGCCAGUGUCGGUGAAUACGAACUGUGUGCGAAAACGAACGCAGGGCAGAUACAAGCUCAGAAACCCAAUCAGAAGAUAAUAAUUCAAACCAAUAUGUCGAACAGUAGCCAUCUCUGUCUGCUGGUGGUGGCCGCGUGUCUGCUGGCUCCGGCCGCCGUGUCGGCACAGAUCCAGUUCUCCGAGGACUGGACUCACGGCAAGCGCGACGUGUCGGCACAGCAGCAGCAGCUGCUGGCAGCGGCCGCCGCCGCCGCCGACGGCGCGCCGCGGCCGCCGCUCAGCCUGCUGGACGUGCUCAGCAAGGCGGCGGCGCAGCAGGCCGCCGGCCAGCAGUGCAAGCCCGACGCCGAGGCGCUCGGACUCAUCUACGACCUCAUCAUGAGGGAAGUUGAGAAGGUCAUCAGCUGCAGAACCCAAAACGGGAUGCUGAAACCGGCCUACGCGGCAUAGAAUCGGGAGCGCGCAUAGCUUCUGGUUGAACCAAAGAAGAAACGGCAGUUCCUCAACUCACUCAUUGUUAGGGAGUUUAUUUAUUGUCCCGUCAAGUGGGCCGGUUUCUAGUGCCGUUUUGCACGGACCAAGUCUGAGGGAAGUCGCAGCGUGCAUUAUCCUGAGCAGCAGCAGCACUGGAGCCUGAACAGUCGCCAGCAGCGCUGUGGAGGAAGGCAAUGCUGUCUGGAAGCGGAGGCGACUUAAGUCACGCACCAAGAGCUGCUGGCGCCGACAGCAGAGUGCCACCCUCGCCGGGUCUGAGUGGCUCGUCCGUGGAGCCAGAAGGGGCCGCUGCUCCGUGCACAUGGAGAGGCUGGCGGUUGCUGUCGUCCAUAUAGGACUGUUACGGGACCGAGUGAACUGUGAUACCUACCCAUUGUCUUUAUCUCGCCUCUCGUUUACAUCCUCCCGUGCUUCAGCAACAUCAAGCUGCCGACGAUGUCUCCUGA